UUUGUUUUUAUUGUUUAUGUGUUUUCUUAAGUUUGUUUGAAUUUGGAUACCUUUUGAUUUAUGCAAACUAGAUCACAAGGUGGUCAAAACCUUUGUCCUUUAAACCAAGAACUCUCUAGAGAGUUAAGGAAGUUGAAGAAAGGCUCAUCCAAUCAGUUGAAAGAAUUUGAACCAGUGGAGAUAAACAUGGAGACCGGUGAAUCUAGCAACCCAGGCCAAAUGUCUCCCGGAGGAGGUAGUUCCCGAGCAAGCCCGAGUCAAGGAGCACACACGGAGGCUCAACCCAAUACCUCUCAAGAUCCAGUGGCACCGGUACGAAUACCAAUCUCUACCUCCAUGGAAAAUCCGAAUAUAAAUCCUUAUUUAGGAGGAGGAUUAGGUUUUCAAUUUCCACCGCAACUACAAGGGGCCGGGAUGCAAAAUUUUCCUCAUCUUUUGAAGCCAAAUUUCUUCACAAACCCUAUGUUUGACCCAUACCAGAAUUUCCCUCAAAGAGCCCAACCCUACUUCUACCAAAGAGCACAAAAUUUUCAACCCAUGGCUACUCAUCUGGCUCCCCAAUUUGAAGAAGAAGAUUGCAUUGCCUAUCCCGGAAUCGAGGCCAAUAACUUUGAACUCAAGACUUCCAUGAUCAAUUUGGUGCAAGCAAAUCAAUUUGGAGGUUCAAAGUUGGAAGAUCCUAAGGCGCAUAUCACCCAUUUCGACAGAAUAUGCCAAACUAUCAAGAUGAAUGGGGUGUCUAUGGAUGCAAUCAAGCUGCGAUUGUUCCCAUUUUCGUUGAGGGAUCAAGCUCUGAGUUGGCUCAAUUCCUUCGGGCCAAAUCAUUUCAACACAUGGGACCAACUGUACAAAUCUUUCAUGCAAGAAUACUAUCCACCCUCCAAGGCUGCAAAAUUGAAGAAGCAAAUCCAGAAUUUCCAGCAAUUCGGAAGUGAAAAUCUGUACGAGGCAUGGAAGAGGUUCAAGGAUCUCAGGAGGCAGUGUCCUAGGAAUCUCCUAUCUCCUGGGGAUUUCAUUUCAUCUUUUUACGAAGGAUUGCUGGACAACUACAAGACAGUGUUGGAUACUUCUUCUAUGGGGGGAGUGUUUCUUGAUAUGACGCCCGAUCAUGGAGAGCAGCUGAUAGAAAGAAUCACAGCCAACACUGCGUAUUGGUACAAUGAAAGAGUCGAGCAACCAAGGAAAGAGAAAGCAGUAGGUAUGUUUGAAGUGGAUGAGAAGGUUGCCAUGCAAGCCCAACUGGAUUCGAUCCAACACAUGUUGAAAGAAAUGGUGUUGAAUAAGAAGGCGAAUGCUCAGUCAGUCAUUUCCUCAUCCCAGAUGCCACCCACACCACAAGCCUACUCGAUGGUACAACCAACAACUCCAAGCCCACCACCAUCUUCCACUAUGGCUAUGGUGCUCAGUUGCGCUAUUUGUGGCGGUGCUCAUGCUUCUCAAAGUUGUCAACUAUUGGAACCUGGCAGCCACAACUCUUAUUCAACUGUAGAGCAAGUUGACAUGAUUGGAUACCAAAGACCUCAAGGCCAAGCGCAAUGGAGGAAUCAAGUCAAUCCUUCUUGGAGCAAUCAAGGUUUUCAAGGGAGAAAUCCACCUCCUGGUUUUCAAGGCAACCAAGGCUUUAGAGGUGGAUAUCAAGGCAACCAGCAAUGGAGAGGAAAUCAAGGACAUGGUACGAGCCAAGCAAAUACUCAGAAUCAGCAAGGGUUUUCACAAUCAUCUCAAGAUCCGGAUAUGAAAACCUUCAUGAACAUGAUUAUGACACAAAUGAGUAAAUUGCAAACCGAAGUUGAAGGUCUUCGAGCUCAACAACAAGGAGGAGGUGCCCAAGCUUCUACCCAACCUUCAUUUAAUGGUAAACUUCCAGCAAGCACUGAAAAUCCUAGGAAUCAAGUCAAUGCUGUUGUAACUAGAAGCGGGACGUCUUUGACUGAUCCACCCUUUCCAGACGAUAACAUUGCUCUUGAAGAUGAAGGGAAAGAAAAAGAACUUCUACCACAAAAAAGAGAUCCUGAAGGACAAGUGCAGACAAAGGAGGAUACUAGCCAAGGUAAAAAGAACAAGGGCAAGCAAAUUGAUGAUUCAGUGAUUCCUUGCAACUUAUUGCCAUUUCCACAAAGGUUGUGGAAGUCCAAAGAAACCGAGAGGGAGAACAAAUUCAAAAUGAUGCUUGACAAGUUGGAGAUAUCUAUGCCUUUUGUGGAUGCUGUUACUCAAAUACCAUCAUACAAGAAAUUCUUGAAGGAUAUUUUGAGUAAUAAAAAGAAGCUGGAGAAGAGUGCAGUGAUAGAUCUUAGUGAGGGAGCAUUGGCAUGCGCUGCAAUACAAAAGAAUCUACCACCGAAGUUGAAGGAUCCUGGAAGUUUUGCUAUUCCAUGUAUCGUUGGAGGAUUUGUUGUGGGUCGUGCUCUAUGUGAUCUCGGAGCUAGUGUGAGCCUCAUGCCUUACUCCCUUUGCAAGAGGCUUAACCUUGGAGAGCCGAAACCCACUACCAUGACACUUCAAAUGGCGGAUCGCUCAAUAAAGCGCCCAGUGGGAGUAUUAGAAGACAUCCCAGUAAUGAUCGAUCAAUACUAUAUCCCGGGAGAUUUUGUGAUUCUUGACAUUGAGGAAGAUGCCAAGGUACCCAUAAUCCUUGGUAGACCAUUUCUAGCCACAGCUGGGGCAAUCAUUGAUGUAAAAAGGGGGAAGCUUGUUAUGGAAGUGGCCGAUCACAAGAUUGAAUUUGAUAUAUUCAAAAUGGCCAAACACCAACCAACUUACAUUGAUGAAUGCAAUAUGGUGGAAAUUUGUGAGGUAAACCCUAGUGAAGUCUUGAAGAUUGACAAGGAGUAUUCGAUUGUUGAAGAACUUCUUGAGAAAUUUGGAAUCUACACCCAAAAGGAGAUGGACACAUGCGAGCAAGGGAUUUUUGAUCAAGGUGAGGCUGGAGAAAGAAUUUUUGCUGCUCUUGACCCGCUAGGAGAGGAACAUGCACCAAAGGUAGAACUAAAACCUUUACCUCCUAGCCUAAGGUAUGUUUUUCUAGGCUCUAACUCCACUUAUCAUGUAAUUGUUAAUUCUUCUUUGCAUAGUGAUGAAAUUGAUAAGCUGCUUAAUGUGCUUAGAAAACAUAGGAGGGUAAUUGGUUAUACUAUUGGUGAUUUAAUUGGCAUUGAUCCUAAGUAUUGCAUGCAUAGAAUUUAUUUAGAAGAGAAUGCCAAACCUACUGUUGAACCCCUUAGGAGAUUAAAUCCCAAUUUGAAGGAUGUAGUUAAGAAGGAAAUUUUGAAAUUGCUUGAGGCCGACAUUAUAUACCCUAUUUCGGACAGCAAGUGGGUGAGUCCCAUACAUGUUGUUCCGAAAAAGGGCGGUAUAACGGUCAUUGAAAAUGACAAUAAUGAGUUGAUUCCUACUAGACUUGUUACUGGUCAUAGAAUGUGCAUUGAUUACAGAAAAUUGAAUAAGUCUACUAGGAAAGAUCAUUACCCCCUUCCAUUUAUUGAUCAAUUGCUUGAGAGAAUGUCCAAGAAUGAAUACUUCUGUUUUCUAGAUGGUUUUUCAGGAUAUUUUCAGAUUUCUAUUCACCCAGAUGAUCAAGAAAUGACAACAUUCACAUGUCAAUAUGGCACCUUUGCUUUCAAAAAGAUGUCAUUUGGUUUGUGUAAUGCACUAGCUACUUUUCAAAGGUGCAUGAUGGCAAUCUUUUCUGAAAUGGUGGAAGAAAUCAUGGAAGUAUUCAUGGACGAUUUCUCAGUUUAUGGUAAGUCGUUUGAUGAUUGUUUGAUAAAUCUUGAUAAAGUUCUGUGCAGGUGCCAAGAAGUCAAUUUAGUUCUGAAUUGGGAGAAAUGUCAUUUUAUGGCAACUGAAGGCAUAGUUCUUGGCCACAAAAUUUCAGCAAGGGGAAUUGAAGUAGACCCGGCAAAGAUUGAAGUCAUUUCAAAAUUGCCACCCCCAAGCUCGGUAAAAGGAGUAAGGAGUUUUCUUGGUCACGCUGGGUUUUACAGAAGAUUCAUCAAAGAUUUCUCUAAAAUUGCAAAACCCCUCACGCACUUGCUUGCGAAAGAGGUGGCGUUUAAUUUUGAUGAAUCUUGUCUUAUUGCUUUUAGCAGAUUGAAGGAAGCUCUGUGUCAUGCUCCAAUCAUUCAACCUCCUGAUUGGAAUCUACCGUUCGAAUUGAUGUGUGAUGCGAGUGACUAUGCAGUUGGGGCGGUGCUAUGCCAAAAGAAGGACAGGUGCUACUAUGUGAUCCAUUACGCAAGCCACACACUUGAUGAUGCUCAAGUCAACUAUGCAACAACUGAGAAGGAGCUUCUUGCGGUGGUGUUUGCUAUGGAGAAAUUUCGGUCCUAUUUGCUUGGGAGCAAGGUGAUAGUUCACACCGACCAUGCUGCUUUGAAGUAUUUAUUCCAAAAGAAAGAUGCAAAGCCGAGGCUGAUCCGAUGGGUGCUCCUACUUCAAGAAUUUGAUCUGGAGAUUAGAGACAAGAAGGGAUCCGAGAAUGUUGUGGCCGAUCACUUGUCCAGACUUCAAGGUCAAAAGGAUGAUAAAUUGCCCAUAGAUGAUUCCUUCAAGGGAGAAACAUUGUACAUCUUGACUGGAUUAGGAAAACGGUAUGUGCCAUGGUUCGCAGACAUUGUGAAUUACCUGGUAAGUGGCUACAUCCCUAAGGAUUUUAAUUUCAACAAAAGGAAAAGGUUUUUGCAUGAUGUGAAAGAUUACUUUUGGGAUGAGCCACUGUUGUUCAAAAGAUGUGCAGAUGGGAUUAUAAGAAGAUGCAUACCAGAAGAGGAAUUCAUAAGUGUCUUGAGCCAUUGCCAUUCCUCUCCUUAUGGUGGACACAUGAGUGCCGAUCGCACAGCUCUAAAAGUCCUACAAUCUGGACUAUUUUGGCCUAGCUUGUUUGCUACUGCAAGGGAAUUUGUGAGCAAGUGCAACAAUUGUCAAAGGACUGGCACUAUCAAUAGGAAACAUGAAAUGCCUCAGAAAGGUAUACUCGAAGUAGAACUCUUUGAUGUAUGGGGAAUGGACUUCAUGGGUCCAUUUCCAAGGUCAUUUGGGAAUGAGUAUAUCCUUGUAGCUGUGGAUUAUGUGUCUAAAUGGGUGGAAGCUGUUGCAACCCCAAGGAAUGCCAAGAGCCUUCAUCACUGACAAUGACAAGCAUUUUUGUAACAAACUCUUGGAAAAGAUUCUUCUCAAGUAUGGCAUUCAUCACCGACUUUCUACGCCAUACCAUUCUCAAACUUGCGGACAAGUCGAGUUGGCAAAUAGGGAGAUCAAGUCAAUCCUUGAAAAGGUAGUGAGUCCAACAAGAAAAGAUUGGUCUUUAAAGCUAGAUGAUGCACUAUGGGCUCUGAGAACUGCCUACAAGACCCCUAUUGGUGUCUCACCAUUCAAACUCGUCUUUGGAAAAUCAUGUCAUUUGUCGGUUGAGUAUGAACACAAGGCAUAUUGGGCAGUGGCAAGAUUGAAUCUGAAUGAGGAUUUGGCAAGAGAAAAGAGGUUGAUGUGUUUGAAUGAGCUUGAAGAAUUCCGGAUGGAUGCCUAUGAGAAUGCUAGGAUCUACAAAGAAAGGACCAAGUAUUUUCAUGAUAAAAGGAUUUUGAGGAGAUACUUUGAACCUGGAGACCAAGUUCUACUCUACAACUCAAGACUCAAGUUGUUCCCAGGUAAAUUAAAAUCAAGGUGGUCAGGACCAUUUCAAGUGGAAGAGCAUUUUCCCUCAGGAGCAGUUGCAAUUUCCAACAAGGAGGGAAAAACAUUUGUGGUUAAUGGGCAAAGAUUGAAACUGUUUAAUGAGGCAUUCAAGGAGCAGGAAGCAGAGAGGCAUUCAAGGAGAGGAACGAGGCCAAGGCAGUUUGGGACCUCUUCCAGCCCAUAUAUGAAUAAAGAAUCAGGGGUCGAGCUCAUGACCUUAAACAAGCGCUUCUUGGGAGGCAACCCAAGAUUUUAUUUGAUGUGAUUUUUAAUUUGUUGAUUUAAUUUUCCUAGUUUCAAUAAUGGCAGACAUUGUACUAUCGCUCUUUUUACAAAAGCCAUUCGUUAGUGCUCAGCAAGCCCCGGAAAUCGAGAUUGGUGUUCAGCUCUCAGUUUUUAACAGGAAGGCUAAAAGAUGUGUAGAACUAGUGGACUUCUCUACUCUUGUUGCUGCACAAGAAUCAUAGGGGAGUACAAUCUUUCUCCAUUUGCAUUUCAUAUGUUUUAUCAAUUAUAUUUGGAGUUUUUUUUUCUAGUUUUGUGUGCACUCAAUCUUGUCAAAUCCUAUUUGCAUUAUACAUCGAGGGCGAUGUAAAUUUUUAAGUGUGGGGGAGAGGACAAAAAUUGAGGUAAUUUUCAAAAUUUUUGCUUGAAUAACUCAUGUGCUUUUUGUGUGAAUAAAUUGCUUUUCUUUACUAGAAGUUGAGAUCGCUCCCUUUUUGUUGGUUUGUGGUUUGUUUUGAUGAUACUUGUCGCAACUCAACUUCUGAUUGAUGAGCCAAGGGGUACAUGAUUGAUCUAUUCUCCUGCCAAUCGCCUUGUUAACCACUUAAUAAUUGAAUAAAUUCUUGAUCUAGUGUGUUGUGCAUUGCUAGUGAAGGCUUAUGUGAGAUUCCGGUAAUGGUUGUUUUGCUAGAACUUGCCUCAUUACUCUCCAAGUGAAAUCUAAGAUUUGCAUGUUUUGAAAUGAUUUAGGCCAUUUUUGUUUAGCCUUUAACCUUAAAGCCUACCCUGUUAAUAUGUGUUUAUCCCUAGUUGUCCCCGUUGAGCCUUGUGUUUGUUGAAACAAGUGCUAAGCACUUAAACCCGUGAUUUGUUUAUUUUUCUUGUGUUAACCCUUGUCAUUUUUCCCUUAACCUUUAGCCAAAAAGAAAAAAAAAAUAUCUCCCUUCCACCCUUAGCUUGAGAGAAUGCAGCACUUGUUCUUUUGCUUAGAAGAGAUCUUAUUUGGAGCUUGUUUUGUUAGCAAUCAUCUUGAUAAUGUUGUCUAAGUGUGGGGGUAUUGAGAAUAAGUUUG